GCCUGCCUGGCCACCUGCGGGGACGAUCACCUGCGCCUUGUCCCCGCCAUGGCCAAGAAGAUGAAGGACAGCCUGGCCGCCCUCCAACAGUAACGGGGCGCCGGCGCCCCACAUGCUCAUUAAAGGUUCAUGGACAAGAAGCUGUCGUGUGAGUCCCGGCCCCCCGGAGCUGUUCCCGGCCCCCCGGAGCUGUUCCAGCCCCCGAAUUGUCUUAACAGCGUUGGUGAAAUUAAAUGGUGGCCGGCACGUCCAGGGGAUAUUGCGGGGGUUUGAUCCCUUCAUGAACCUCGUCAUCGAUGAGUGUGUGGAGAUGGCACCGGGAGGGCAACAGAACAAUAUCGGCAUGGUGGUAAUACGAGGAAACAGCAUCAUUAUGCUGGAAGCCUUGGAACGAGUAUAGCGCUGGAGAAACCUGCGUUGUUACCAGCCGAGAUGUGAUGGAACCUAUCUAUUUUGUUUACUCAUUGAAUCUGCCACGAAGCACCCGAGUGUAAACUUAUUUUUUUUUUUGUUUUGUUAAAUAAAUUUUGUAAUGAUCAGUGUAA